UGACAGUUGACAGGGCAGUCAAAUAAAAAAAAAUUCUUUGGAAAAGUGAAAGAAAAAAAAUGUUUUCAUAAAAUUCAAUCGGAAAACCAUCGAAAAUAUGAAAAUGUAAUUGUUCAAUAAAUACGUUGUGCUUCGUUUCAUCAGUGUUAAUAAAUCGAAACGACAGAAUCGCCUAAUUUCUCCACAGAAAUUGAUGUUAUAAGUUUCAAGUGAAAAAGUUGAUUUGUUUCUUUGAUGAAAAUGGCUUCCGGAGACUACAAAUUGGACUCCAUCGAAAUUGAAACGGUUACUUCCCAGAAAACCAUGGAUAUACAUUCGCAUACAACAAAAACAACAUCCGAAGAUGAUGAUAAAGAUAAAGUGUCGGAUGGACGGGGAACUAUAGAUGUAAGCGGAGAUCAAAAUAUGCGUGCUGGAGCAUCAGUGGGCCGAUACAAGUAUGAUCGUGAACGCAAAUUGGGCCAUCGACGUAUUGGUGAAGGUGGACAAAUUACGUACAAAAAAAUCGAAACAACUCAAAUUAUGGGAUCGAUUCAGUUAGGCAUUCAACAUACGGUUGGUAGUUUAGCAUCGAAACCGAAACGCGAUUUGCUGAUGAUGGAUUUCUGGGAACUGGAGACCAUAUCAUUCCCGCCAGAAGGUUCCAGUCUGACGCCAGCUCAUCAUUACAGUGAAUUUAGAUUCAAAAUCUAUGCACCGAUCGCAUUUCGCUAUUUUAGAGAUUUAUUUGGCAUUCAACCCGACGAUUUUAUGAUGUCGAUGUGUUCGUCACCAUUGAGAGAAUUGUCCAAUCCAGGCGCAUCUGGAUCGAUAUUCUAUCUCACCGACGACGAUGAGUUCAUCAUCAAGACCGUUCAACACAAAGAAGGUGAAUUUUUGCAGAAGCUACUGCCCGGCUAUUACAUGAACCUCAAUCAAAAUCCACGUACUCUGUUGCCAAAGUUUUUCGGGCUCUAUUGUUUCCAAUGCAAUAGCAAAAAUAUUAGACUAAUUGUUAUGAAUAACUUGUUACCGUCGUACGUUAAAAUGCAUUUGAAAUACGAUUUGAAGGGAUCAACGUACAAACGGAAGGCAAAUAAAACUGAAAGAAGUAAAAAGUCUCCAACCUACAAAGAUCUUGAUUUUAUGGAACAGCAUCCGAACGGGAUUUUUCUCGAAGCCGACACAUACAAUGCAUUAGUGAAAACAAUUCAACGCGAUUGUCGUGUGCUGGAAUCAUUUAAAAUAAUGGACUAUUCACUGCUGGUGGGCGUUCACAAUUUAGAUUUAGCAUUUAAGGAAAAACAAGCCGAACGAAUGAAUCCACCCCAAUCGCCAAAAUCGCCGCGUGAAGAAGAAUCGGACCUGGAAGACAAUUUCGAUCCCGAUCAUUUCAUCACGCAUGACCGAGAUGAACGGGAACGCGGCGCGACUGCAUUGAAUCGGAGUAGAUCGAUCAAUCGUCAACGGCUGGUGGCACAUUCGACGGCAAUGGAAAGUAUUCAAGCGGAAAGUGAGCCAAUUGAUGAGGAAGAAGAUGUACCACCGGGCGGUAUACCAGCACGAAGUGAAAAGGGUGAACGACUGUUAUUAUUUAUUGGAAUCAUAGACAUACUACAAUCGUAUCGACUUAAGAAAAAGUUGGAACACACAUUCAAAAGUAUUAUUCAUGAUGGAGACACCGUGUCGGUAUGUCGACCAUCAUUCUACGCUCAAAGAUUUCAGGAUUUUAUGGCGAAAACAGUUUUUCGAAAGAUACCAUCGCUGGAUCUGCCGGAGAUUAAAGGGAAUCAUAGAAAGUUCCGUACUUUGGUCUCAAGUUACAUAGCUCUGAAACAUUCUCCGUCAAAACGAAAAAGUCUAUCCCGAGUAGCUCAAAGGUCCACGGAAGCAGACUCGGACAGUCAUCCUGUGGCUGGAACGUCAUACCAUAAUCAUCAUCACCAUCAUCACAAUAAUGCAUCAGCUACGAAACCGGCAACCCCAACCACUGCUGCUCCUUCUACGAUAUCAGUUGUUCCCUCAAAACCAAUCGUAACAACAGCACCAUCACAGACUAGUCCCGCUAUAACGCUUCCGCCGCUUAAACAAAAAACUGCAAUUGUAAAAUCAAAAGUCCCUCCACCUGUUCCACCGAGAGGUUCUCCGAAAGAACGUAGAACCCAUAAAACUGGUACGAGUCCGCGCGCCACACCACCAGGUACUGCACCCUCAUGUUGCUCUACACCUCCUCCUGCUUUUGACGAUAUAUCGGAAGGAAGUAGCAUUCAUCGGCCGCAUCAUCACGAUGAACGAGGAAGUGUUGACCGUCGUGUUCACAUGAGUGGAUCGACCAGUCGCAGUACAGCGUAUAGGGAUGAUACUGUCAGAUUUCACGAAUUGACCAAAUCCACGUAUAGUAUUAGUAUAUCCGAGAUCCGGCUAGAUCCUCAUCUAGCUGUCGACACAUCUAGCGGAAGUCAGUAUGGAUCUAGGGGAGCAUUAGUAUGGACACCACCAGCUUCGGUUGAAGGGUCAACGCCUACUUACACAGAAGGAACACCAAGUUUUACCGAGUCCAGUUCAAGUGGAGAUAUGGCUUUUUCAGGAAAUUCGUCACCUUUAAACACGUCAGCAUCCGAUCGUCACAAGCCUACGGUGGAGGAGGCAUUGAAUUCAUUAACAUCGGAAAUGCUAAACUUGCGGUGUCAAGUUGAUUACGAUUAUGAAUGAAAGACUUUUAUAAACACAAACAAUAAAAUUGUAUAAAUGAGACAAAACCAACAACGCGCUUUGAGAAUCCAGAAACAUUGAAGACAAAAACCAACAAAAUAAAAGAAAGCAAAAAUGUUUCUGGGAAAGUUUUUUUUUGUUUCUUUUGAAUGAAACAAGUAAAUUAAAUACAUUUAGAGAAAAUUAUGUACAAUAUAAUCAUCGUGUUAGGCUUAUACAUCCGUAGUGGCUAUUAGUCAAAAAAAAAAAGAUUUUCAACGGCAAGUCAUCGACAAGUUAUCGGCUAAAAGACUCUGGCCUGUGUUGUCUUAUAUAUAGCGAAAAUGUAUGUUAUAACCAAUAAAGUAAAAGAUUUUGUAUCAAAAAUUAGCCGAUACUUGAAACGAAAGGACUAACAGAAAUUUCUUCGUGGCUUGCCGUUAUUAAAAUGGAUUAGUUGUGGUAACGAUGUCGUAAAGCUACGAAUUUAAUUGCUUGAAACUCUUGAUCGAACCAUUUUCGAAGAAAGCUAAGACGGAAGUGCUUUUCAUAGAUGGUAAAGAAAAGCUGCCUUGCGCCUUAGAAGAUUUUCAAAUGAUUGACUUAGUAACUAUUCGACAUUACUAUCCCCACUAGGAUAACGAUAAAAUAUUUGUUUCAAAAUAUACAUGUCCCAUAUCGACAUUUUGUCGAUUGUUUUUUAUUCUAAAAAUGUUAAAUGAUAAAGUAAUUGCUGGACCGCAGACUAUUCCUCCAAUAAUUUUUAUUUAUAUUUAAUAAUCGCACGAUACAAGUAGCGAGCUGGAGUUUUUCGCUCAGGAUGUGUAACCUAUUUAACAUCUCGUGCGAAAAACAUCACAAACCAAAUAGAAACUAUCUUCGAAUCCCCUAACCAAUAUCAAUUAUGAAUGAACAAGCUCAAAAUUGGGAUUUUACUAAUUUUACCAGUUCCUUACACAGGUCAUAUUAUUGGUACAUUUAUUAACCGAAUUUACUGAAAUUUACCAAAGAUUUACCGAAAUUUACCGAAAACCAAAAUUCGGCAAAUAUUUGGUAAAUUUGGUGAACAAACCAAUUAUAAUCCCUGUCCAGUGUUAGUAUCCAGUGAUGCGAUCCAUCUUUGAUAUGCCAUUUUUCACAUUGUGAAUUCUUACACCAAGUCUAAAAAAUUCAAAUUCCUUUACUAGACUUCUAGAACGAUUCCUUCAUGAUCUCGAUGAAUUUGUGUUUAGAACACCAAUCCGUUGUUUUUGGAAUUUUUUGUUGAUUAAAUUACUAUUUUCAAACAUCCAUUCUGAUAAAUUAGAAAUAGGUUAAUUUCUGAGCCAUCUUGUGCCGGACUGGGCAUUCAGAUGAAAAAAUACGAGAAGGGUACUUAUAAAGAUUGAAAUUAUGAUGCGGAAUUCGGUGUUAGUUGAUUUUGUACCAGUGAUUUUUUCUACUAAAAUGAAUUGCGACGAGUCUUACGUUCAGCAAUUACUCAACACCAUACUAAUUUUUACCAGUUAUUUACAAUCGCCGUAUUAGGUUAGUUGCUAUAGAUAGAUAUUGUUAAGCAAUAAACAAUAAAAAAUAAAAAAAGAAAGAAAAUUGAAUGUUGAGAGAGGACAUGAUGUUGAAAGUUUGUUGUUUUUUUCAACACAGAAAAAGAAAUGUGAUUUAGAAAAGAUAUUUUCCAUUUAAAAAAAGUAAAAAAAGAAAAAUCUCGUUUAUUACUUACUUAAAUACUAAUUUUUAUUUAUAUUCAAAUUAAAUGUGCAAUGAAUUGAUGAGAAUAAUAAUUAAUAAAAAAAAAUGAAAAAUGUGAUUAUUUUACCAUAUCUACGUUGCUAAAUUGUUCAAACUUAAUAAUGUCUGUGUAUUAUAAUAUGUUGCUAAUAUGAUUGUCCGUUUUUUUAUAAUAUGAUAAUCGAAAACAUUUUUUUAACAAAAUUUUCAAAUUUAAUUCUAAUUUAAGUUUUCGAAACAAAGAAAACAUUUGUCCCAGUUAAAAACCAUUUCAAAGUUUACUUUUUCAUGUUCUUAUCUAUUCAUUUUUGUGAACGAGCUGCCUAGUCGCUCUAGACUCUGUAGCAAACAAACAUUUAAUACAAAAAAAAUUCACAAAUUUAAGACGAUUUAAAUGUGAUAAAGUUUACGAAAUGUGCCUCAUUAUUGGCAUUAUAAAUUAAAAUAUUCCAUCGUGUUAAACAAAUAAAUUAAAUUCUCUCUCCCCAAUCCAAUUAUCAAUUAUAAUCCUGAUCGUUACAGUUAUUCUGAGUAUUCUGUUGCGUGUGACUGUGAUGCCAACAGUUCUGGGAACAGUCAUGCGUCAUAUUCAUUGGAUUUUUAUCUUUGAUUGUUCAAUUAAAUUCUAUUUGGGUUUCUUAAUGUUGUUCAGGUAUCGUUGUUUUAUGAUGUGCCGAGAGACAAGUGUGCAAGAUAAAUCAAAAAUAGUUUUUUUUAGAUGGGAAAGACUUGCAUACAAGACCUUUAACAGACAGAUUCUGACACCAAAAUAUUUUUCUCAACUCAGUAAAUAAAAGAUAAAUUUCGUUUUUUGAUAAGUUGUAUGCAACUCGGCGAUAGAUGUGUUUUCGUAACUAAUGUUGAAAUAUCGCGACUGCGCAGUUUAGAAAAAGUGAUGUUCCUAAUCUAUACUAAAAGGAUUUUUAGGCGAAUUCGAUUCGCUUUCAUUCGCUAAUCUUUUGGCAUGCGUUAGGAAUAUUAACUAUGUUAGACACACGAUGUGUUUCGUCACACUCGGCCGGCGUAAACAUUUGUCACUCGGUUGCGUAAAUAACCAGUUCUAAGCUUAUGUAAAUAAACUUUGCAUUCGCUAAAAGGAAAGUCCUCCAAAAGAUGCAUCCCUUACUCCUACGACUCUUUUAUUUAUUACCUUAAACCAUUGUGCAAUCCAUACUACAAUUUUUAUGGUUCGUUCACUGGAUCAACAAUCAGAAAUAAAGUGAGUCUUCCAUAGAAUCUCUAUUUCAAUUUCGUUGUAAAACGUGUGUCGGCUACGAGAUUUUCCUGAAUUUUAUUUAGUCAGUAACGCCACAUUUUAAUCUCGCAUCUGGUAACAUAAAUGAAUUUAUUCGUGAUGGGUAAUAACAACUCCUCUGUGACGUAGCAUUUCUUGAGGAAGUACAAUUCUCGAGAGAUCGAGAACUGGUUAUACCUAAAGUUCCAUUGUAAUUUUUUGUGCUCAGACAGAUAAAGGGUUCAUUUAGAUUCACUGUCCACGCUGACAGCUGCCAGGAGGAGAAGAAAAGUCAGCAAUAACAAAUUCUAUAAUUUCUGCCAUCAUUUUCUGUCUAUAUACUGCGUUGCAGUUGUAUAAAUAUUCCAAUUAAAUAAUAAAAUUCACAAAAAAUU